AUGUACCAGGAUGGAGAUCUUCUAAUUGGUGGUCUGUUUGAGAUUCAGAGGUACCUCAAAGUAUUCCCUGAGCUAAGCUUCAAAACAGAGCCAAAACUACCACGCUGUGAGCUCUUCUAUAUGACAAGCUUCCAGCAGGCACUAACAAUGGUUUUUGCUAUCAAUGAGAUUAAUAACAAUCCCAACCUGCUGCCUAACAUCACGCUUGGUUACCAAAUCUACGACAACUGUUUAAGGCUUGGAGUGGCAUUCCGUGGUGCCACAGCUCUGGUUAGUGGGACAGAGGAGACCGUCUCUGACCUCAACUGCAAAGGCCCACCACCAGUGAUUGGAAUCAUAGGUGAUCCAGGUUCUACCCAUUCCAUUGCAAUUUCCAGUGUCCUGGGGUUGUUUCGACUCCCUAUGAUUAGCUACUACGCCACCUGCUCCUGUUUGAGUGACAGAAAAAAGUACCCCUCUUUCUUCAGAACAAUCCCCAGUGAUGCCUUCCAGGUACGGGCUAUGGUUCAGAUCUUGAAGCAUUUUGGAUGGACCUGGGUUGGUCUCAUCUACAGUGAUAAUGACUAUGGCAUCUAUGCUGCUCAAUCAUUCCAUCAGGAAAUGCAUCUAAUUGGAUAUUGUGUUGCUUUUUCUGAAAUCCUGCCAAAUGAUAACAACCCCAUAGAUAUUCAACGCAUAAUGGGAGUGAUUCAGUCCUCUACAGCUAGAGUGGUGAUUGUUUUUUCAGCUUCAUCCUUACUGAUACCUUUGAUGAAUGAGGUGGUGUUGCAGAACAUAACAGGCAGGCAGUGGAUUGCAAGUGAAGCUUGGGCUACUUCACCUGUAUUUCGCACACUACUUUUCCAGCCAUUCCUGGGGGGCACAAUGGGCAUUGCUAUCAGGCGUGGAGAGAUCGAGGGGCUUCAUGACUUUCUGUUAUGUAUUCGUCCCAACAAUGGUCAAAGAAAUGAUGUAGUGAGAAUCUUCUGGGAGAACAUCUUUGGGUGCAGUUUUGAAACUAAGGGUAAAGGGACUGAUGGAGAGCAAGUAAAAAAGGUGUGUACAGGACAGGAGGAUCUGAGCACAACAAACACACCAUACACUGAUGUUUCAGGAUUGAGGGCAUCGUAUAAUGUGUAUAAGGCAAUUUAUGCCCUGGCACAUGCAGUUCAUGACCUGAUGCAGUGUGAGGAGGAGAGAGGACCAUUCAGUGGGAACAGAUGUGCCGACAUAACCAACCUGAAACCAUGGCAGCUGGUUCACUACCUACAGAAAGUGAACUUCACCACAGGCUUUGGGGAUCAUGUGUCAUUUGAUAAGAAUGGAGAUGCUCUGGCCAUCUAUGAUGUGUUGAACUGGCAGCCGAGCGCUGAUGGAUCAAUUAAGCUCCACAAGGUCGGUGUAGUAAAUGAAAGUUCGGCAACAGGGAUGGUUCUCACACUCGACGAGGAUGCAUUUUACUGGAAUUUUGAAACAACAAAAUCAGUAUGCAGUGAGAGUUGCCCCCCAGGAACCAGACGAGCCACAAGAAAGGGCCUUCCUCUCUGCUGUUUUGACUGCUUGCCAUGUGGAGAUGGAGAGAUUUCUAAUACAACAGAUGCUAUUGAAUGCACAACAUGUCCAGAUGAGUUCUGGUCCAAUCCAGAUAAGGAUCAGUGUGUCCCCAAAGAAAUAGAGUUUCUAUCCUAUGAGGAUCCUCUGGGCAUCUCUCUCACCACUGCUUCCCUGCUUGGCACCUUCCUCUGUGCUCUUGUGAUGAUCAUAUUUGCUCUUCACCGUAACACUCCCAUAGUACGUGCCAACAAUUCAGAACUUAGCUUUCUGCUGCUGUUGUCACUCAAACUGUGUUUCCUGUGUGUGCUACUGUUCAUUGGCCAGCCACAGUUGUGGACAUGUCAGUUAAGACAUGCUGUGUUUGGUAUAAGCUUUGUCCUGUGCAUCUCCAGCAUCCUGGUCAAGACUAUGGUGGUAAUAGCCGUAUUCAAGUCAUCUCGACCAGAGGGCAAAGGAGCAAUGAAAUGGUUUGGAGCAGCUCAACAAAGAUGCACAGUUCUGGUCCUAACAGCCCUCCAGGUUGUGAUAUGUGCAGUCUGGCUAUCAACUGCCUCUCCAACACCCCAUAAAAACAACCAGUAUACUCGCUCUAAAAUAGUAUAUGAAUGUGCCAUUGGCUCAGUGGCUGGUUUUUCUAUGCUGCUGGGAUACAUUGGACUGUUGGCAGCAGUAAGCUUCCUGUUAGCCUUCCUUUCAAGGAAUCUUCCAGAUAAUUUUAAUGAGGCUAAGUUCAUCACUUUUAGCAUGUUAAUCUUCUGUGCUGUGUGGAUUGCAUUUGUUCCAGCAUAUGUGAGUUCACCAGGGAAAUAUGCAGUUGCUGUGGAGAUAUUUGCCAUCCUGGCUUCAAGUUUUGGAUUACUGGUGGCCAUAUUUGCCCCGAAGUGCUACAUCAUCCUUUUACAUCCAGAGAAAAACACUAAAAAAGCCAUCAUGAGAAGAGAAGCACAAAAUAAAUAG